GCUUCUCCGGCCGGCGGACCUGGUCCCGGCGCUGCCUCCACGCCGCUGACCCUCAGGGAGCUGGACGGACUGCUGCUCCUCGCGCCGGCAGACGGCGGGCUGGGAAACUAAGCCCAGUUUUGGUCUUUUUAACCCUUGAGAGAAGAGGCGAGCAAAGAAGGGGGUGUGUGUCUGGGGAGGGCGAAGGAGCCACGAACACCUCCUCUUAACUCUCGCAGCCCCGCGGGCGAACGACUGCAUCAGCUGCCUCCGGCCGGAACCGCCGCCACAAGGAGAGGGGGCAGCGCAGCAGCGAGCGAGCGCGGCCUGGGAGGCUUCGGGGCGCCCCCUCACCCCCGCCGGGUGGCAGCCGCGGGAGCGGGCUGGGGGCGCCGGAGGCACGCUCCGGCGAUGAAGCGGCUUCCCCCGUGGCUGGUGCGAGCCGGUGCCAGGGUCCAAGGACAAAGCAGGGAAGCGCUGGUGGCGCCGCUCCUCGCGCUCAGGGGGGGGCAUGCACCUGCAUAGCCCGCCGGGCCUCGGCUCUCCCCGGCGCGCCUCAACUCCGCUGCUUCGCCGUAGCCUGCUCCGGAUUUACUAGAAGCCAUUUUGUCUCCCCCACCCCUCCCCUCCCCUCCCCUCCCCUCCGCCCUCCCCGCCCCCUCCACUCCCCCCCUUCCCCCGUUUUGUUAAUUAAAACUAAGAAGUAAGAAUGGCAACGACGUGGCCGGCUCCCGUGGAGAACGCUUAAGGACACCACGCCAAUUCCUUCCUUCCGAGAUGGAAAGAGGAGCUCCUAGCUCAUUUAAGCCGGGGUAGGGCUGGUUCUCCUUUCCGAGCCAAAAUCCCAGGCGAUGGUGAAUUAUGAACGUGCCACACCAUGAAGCUCUUGUGGCAGGUAACUGUGCACCACACCUGGAAUGCCGUCCUGCUCCCCGUCGUCUACCUCACGGCGCAAGUGUGGAUUCUGUGUGCAGCCAUCGCCGCUGCCGCCUCCGCCGGGCCCCAGAACUGCCCAUCCGUUUGCUCGUGCAGUAACCAGUUCAGCAAGGUGGUGUGCACCCGUCGGGGCCUCUCCGAGGUCCCUCAGGGUAUUCCCUCCAACACCCGGUACCUCAACCUCAUGGAAAACAAUAUCCAGAUGAUCCAGGCCGACACCUUUCGCCACCUCCACCACCUGGAGGUCCUGCAGCUGGGCAGGAACUCCAUCCGGCAGAUCGAGGUGGGGGCCUUCAACGGCCUGGCCAGCCUCAACACCCUGGAGCUGUUUGACAACUGGCUGACAGUCAUCCCCAGUGGGGCCUUUGAGUACCUGUCCAAGCUGCGGGAGCUCUGGCUUCGCAACAACCCCAUAGAAAGCAUCCCCUCUUAUGCCUUCAACCGGGUGCCCUCCCUCAUGCGCUUGGACUUGGGGGAGCUCAAGAAGCUGGAGUACAUCUCUGAGGGCGCUUUUGAGGGACUGUUCAACCUCAAGUACCUGAACCUGGGCAUGUGCAACAUUAAAGAUAUGCCCAAUCUGACCCCCCUGGUGGGGCUGGAGGAGCUGGAGAUGUCAGGGAACCACUUCCCUGAGAUCAGGCCUGGCUCCUUCCACGGCCUCAGCUCCCUCAAGAAGCUUUGGGUCAUGAACUCACAGGUCAGCCUGAUUGAGCGGAACGCUUUUGAUGGGCUGGCCUCACUUGUGGAACUCAACCUGGCCCACAAUAACCUCUCUUCUUUGCCCCAUGACCUCUUCACCCCACUGAGGUACCUUGUGGAGUUGCACCUACACCACAAUCCCUGGAACUGCGAUUGUGACAUUCUGUGGCUAGCCUGGUGGCUUCGGGAGUACAUACCCACCAAUUCUACCUGCUGCGGCCGCUGUCAUGCUCCCCUGCACAUGCGUGGCCGCUACCUGGUGGAGGUAGACCAGGCCUCCUUCCAGUGCUCUGCCCCCUUCAUCAUGGAUGCCCCUCGGGAUCUCAACAUCUCCGAGGGUCGGAUGGCGGAACUUAAGUGUCGGACUCCCCCAAUGUCCUCCGUGAAGUGGCUGCUGCCCAAUGGGACAGUGCUCAGCCACGCCUCCCGCCACCCGAGGAUCUCUGUCCUCAACGACGGCACCUUGAACUUUUCCCACGUGCUGCUCUCAGACACCGGGGUAUACACUUGCAUGGUGACCAACGUGGCAGGCAACUCCAACGCCUCGGCCUACCUCAACGUGAGCACGGCCGAGCUCAACACCUCCAACUACAGCUUCUUCACCACAGUCACAGUGGAGACCACUGAGAUCUCACCUGAGGAUACGACGCGCAAGUACAAGCCUGUUCCUACGACGUCCACUGGUUAUCAGCCGGCAUAUACCACCUCCACCACGGUGCUCAUUCAGACCACCCGUGUGCCCAAGCAGGUACCCGCGACAGACACCAAUGAUAAGAUGCAGACCAGCCUGGAUGAAGUCAUGAAGACCACCAAGAUCAUCAUUGGCUGCUUUGUGGCAGUGACUCUGCUAGCUGCCGCCAUGUUGAUUGUCUUCUACAAACUUCGUAAGAGGCACCAGCAGAGGAGUACAGUCACAGCCGCCCGGACAGUUGAGAUCAUCCAGGUGGACGAAGACAUCCCAGCGGCGGCGUCUGCGGCAGCAACAGCAGCUCCGUCCGGUGUAUCAGGUGAGGGGGCAGUAGUGCUGCCCACAAUUCAUGACCAUAUUAACUACAACACCUACAAACCAGCACAUGGGGCCCACUGGACAGAAAACAGCCUGGGGAACUCUCUGCACCCCGCAGUCACCACAAUCUCUGAACCUUAUAUAAUUCAGACCCAUACCAAGGACAAGGUACAGGAAACUCAAAUAUGACUCCCCUCCCCCCAAAAACUUACAAAAUGCAAUAGAAUGCACACACACACACACACACACACACACACACACACACACAAGACAGCAACUUUUGUACAGAGUGGGGAGAGACUUUUUCUUGUAUAUGCUUCUAUAUUAAAUCUACGGGCUGGUAAAAGAAACAGAUUAUAUUAAAAUUUAAAAACAAAAAUUCAAAACAAAACUAUUUUCUAACUUGUAAGUUCUAUUUAAAGGGGGGAGUGGGGUUCUUGGGAACGUUGUGGGGUAGAAGCCACAAGUCAACUUGCUAUGAUGCCAGAAGGGAUUUCUGAUACAAGGCUGAAACUGCUAAGAUAAACUAAAACAACAACAAAUAUCCCUAAAGAGGUAGGGUGUGGGCUGC